AUGAACGAAUUGGACAGCCUACGUCAGGAGGCGGAGACACUAAAGAAUGCUAUACGAGAUGCGCGCAAGGCGGCGUGCGACACGUCGCUCGCGCAGGCGACCGCCAACCUGGAGCCGAUCGGCCGCAUACAGAUGCGCACGCGGCGUACAUUGCGGGGACACCUCGCCAAGAUCUACGCGAUGCACUGGGGCAGCGAUUCCAGGAACCUGGUGUCCGCCAGCCAGGACGGCAAGCUGAUAGUGUGGGACAGCCACACCACCAACAAGGUGCACGCUAUCCCACUGCGCUCGUCGUGGGUCAUGACCUGCGCGUACGCACCUUCAGGUUCAUACGUGGCGUGCGGCGGACUCGACAACAUAUGCUCCAUCUACAGCCUGAAGACACGCGAGGGUAACGUUCGCGUGUCGCGCGAACUGCCCGGCCACUCGGGCUACCUGUCCUGCUGCAGGUUCCUGGACGACAACCAGAUCCUGACCAGCUCCGGGGACAUGUCCUGCGCCCUAUGGGACAUCGAAACGGGCCAACAGUGCGGCCUGUUCCAAGGCCACACCGGUGACGUGAUGUCCCUGUCGCUGGCCCCGGACCAGCGCACGUUCGUGUCGGGCGCGUGCGACGCCUCCGCCAAACUGUGGGACAUCCGCGACUGCCAGUGCAAGCAGACCUUCCCAGGCCACGAGAGCGACAUCAACGCUGUCACGUUCUUCCCGUCGGGGUUCGCAUUCGCGACCGGGUCGGACGACGCCACCUGCCGGAUGUUCGAUAUCCGGGCCGACCAGGAGCUGGCCAUGUACUCCCACGACAACAUCAUAUGCGGCAUCACCUCCGUCGCCUUCAGCAAGUCCGGCCGCCUGCUGCUCGCCGGAUACGACGACUUCAACUGCAACGUGUGGGACUCCAUGAAGAGCGAGCGCGCCGGCAUCCUAGCCGGUCACGACAACCGCGUCUCAUGCCUCGGAGUGACCGAGAACGGCAUGGCCGUCGCCACCGGCUCCUGGGACUCGUUCCUGCGCAUCUGGAACUAA